AUACAUAGAAACGGAGUCCGUGGCCAGUAGUCGCUGUAGUGCAACUCGAAACACUUCUCAGUGUGCCUAACGCCGACGCCACGACGCGCGCACCGGCAGCCGCCUUUGUCUUUAUUACAUACCACACGAAGUUCCGGAGAAUAAUAUUUUAGUCAUGUCAGACGACAAUUCACCAGUUGUUGAGGAGCAGAAGAAAAAGCGCGGCCGUCCCCCAAAGAAUGCCGACUCUAAAAAUGCCGUAAAGGAGCCCAAAAAGCGAGGACGCAGUGCUGCAACGGAAAAAAUUAACGCAUCUCGUCCACCAAAAUCCGAUAAUGAAGAUGAUGCCCCACCUGGACCAGUCAAAAGAGGUAGAGGUAGACCCAAAGGAUCUCAUAAAAAAAAGAAUCCAGCAAAGACCACCGCUCCAUCACCUGGCCGUGGCCGUGGUAAACCCAAGAAAAUAGAAGAAAAACCAGAGAGUACCGGUGAAGAAGAAGAAAUGGAAGAAGAAGACGAUGAAGAGGAAAACUGAAUAUAAAAUAAAAAUGUCUUUUAGACAUCGGGGCUUCAAUUUCGGAGUUUCCAUAAAAUUUACUGUCGAUUCUUCUUAAUUCCUUCUUCAUCGCUGAUUUAUUUUAUUUUAUUUUAUUUUUUUUUUAAUAAAUUAAUAAAGAAAUGUGUGAUUAGAAUGCAUUAUCUCAACGAUAAUUUAAACAAAGAUCCUUAAUUUCGUUGAGCCAAAUCAAUACUGCUCAUUUGAUAUAGAUUAAAUAAUAAGGAAAAAUAAUUAAACAUUACCGUAUCGCGUAAUGUAAUUUUCUUCAUUAAUUUUUUCGAAUAUUUUUUAUUCUAAUUGAAUUUAAUCGAUAUUAUCUAAUAAUCAAACUGGCAAAAUAAUAUUAUAAGACGAAAAUGUGACAAAGAUUUUUUAAAUAAUCCAAUUUUAAUUGGACAUUUGCGAUACAGUUAACUAAAAGGGUAUUAACGUUGUUUAAGAGGCAACUUUCAUGUUUAUUCUUAUGUUUUUUAUUUUUAUGACAUGAUUAUUUUCUUACAUUUUAUGAAAUUUAUUAGUAACAAUUAAAUGAUGAUUGUCUUAUCCAUACACUCCAUUAGUAUUCUCAAAAAUGAAAUAAAAGUAAUAAAAAAAAAAAAAAAAAAAAAAAAAAAUUUUAAAUUAUAAAAAAAUAAAUAGAAUUAAUUUAACAGGUAUUCUACAAACAAUGAAAAUUAUAGAAAAAGUAAAGUGAAAAUUAACAUAUUGCUAGCAAGAUGUUUACCUUGCUAGAAAUCCUAAAUAAAAAGAUGGUAAUAAAUUAAAAAUAAAUAUUAUGGAUGAAUUGAUUAAAGAAUAGACUAAUCUCUUGUAUAUCACGAGUGCGUGAAGUUUCUUUCAAUUUUAUUACAUUGAAAAAAAAAAAAUAAGAAACGUGAGUAAAUGAAUACUGAAGUCCCGCUUCUGAGACGAACAAGUUGUGUGAAUGUAAAAUUUGUAUUAAAGUAAAUAAAUUCACAAAACACUCUUA